AUGCUUACUGUGCCGAGUUUCUGUGUCGAGUGGGCGGAAGAUCCCGAAGCGGUGAGGUUCCUCGCCACAAUGAAAGGCGUUCUGUACGGCGGCGGCCCCCUCCCGCAGGAAAAAGGCGACUAUCUCGUUGCCAGCGGGGUCAAUAUCGUCAACACCUUCGGCUUGACAGAAGCCGGGCUCAUCUUCAAGCUUGUCCCUAAAAAUCCUUUGACAGGCACAGAGUGGAGCUACUCCACUUUCUCCUCCGAUUUGAGUUAUAUCAUGGUUCCCGAUGUUAACGGGAGCUAUAAGCUCGUCAUACGGGACACGGACAAGCACGGGACCUCAGUGUUUACCGAGCCGGGCGCAUUUGACACGAACGACUUGCUCGAGCCGCAUCCUACUAAGCCGGGGUACUGGAAGAUCAUAGGACGCGCUGAUGACCAGAUUAUGAUGUCUAAUGGGGAAAAGACGAAUCUCGGGCCUAUUGAGAACAUCAUCAACAGCAACAUCUAUGUCCGCGCGGCGGUCAUGUUUGGCCGUGCGCGUACCCAGGUCGGGCUGAUCGUCGAGCCCGUCGAGACCGUCUCUAUCAAAACGGAGGAAGAUCUCGCCAACUUCCGCAACCUCAUCUGGCCCGACAUCGAGAAAGCGAACGCGUUCGCACCGCAGCACUCGCGCAUCUUUAAGGAG